UCAUGGCGGCGGCGCUGUAGGGGAAGGGGGAGCUGAGGGGUGAGUGGAGCGGCCUUGGCAGGGUCAGGUUGGGGAGCUGCUGCCGGCCCCGCGUUGGAGGGAUCGCGCCGCGAGUGUCUAAGCCACGGGAGAAGCGGUGACGUGUGUGAGCCCGGUGGGCUCCGGUAGGCGCCGUGGCGGGGGAGGGCAGGGCCUGGCCUGGCCUCUCCUCGGGCUCUCAUCGCCUUUCGCCGCCUCUUUGCUGCAGGAGCAUCGGCCUGGUCACUUCCGAGGGAAGAAGCGGGACGGCGGGGUAGAUGGUAGCUUCUGCGGACGAGGGCUUGUUAUCCAAAAAGUUGCUCAUCUUAAGUAAACUCUUUGAGCAUGUUCUGAGUUCCCGGAAAGGACACAGUUAAACACACCUUUGUUUUGCUGAUAAUGGAUGAAGAGAGUCUGGAAGCAGCCAUUCAGACCUAUAAUGCCCAGCUGCAGCAAGUGGAGCUGGCUUUAGGGGCAGGCCUGGACCCAUCGCAGCAGUCGGACUUGAUUCAGUUGCAGGAAGAUUUAAAGCAGCUAAUAGAACUGACUGAAUCCAGCCUGGUGUCUGUUAAAAAGAGCAAACUUCUGGCUACUUUAGAUACAAAUGCUUCCUCCUCCUCCUCCCCAGGUCUGGAGCAGGACACCAACCCAGAUAGUUCUGGCCAGGAUGUGGAGUACGCUGCUUUUAAGGAGGCCAUUGCCGAGCUUGGAACUGAGGAGAAGCCUUUGGCUGAUAACAGCGAGAUAUCAAAGAGAGAUGAAGUAACUGAUGACAAAACCGAAUCAAAGUGCAGUGAAGAGGAAGAGGAGUCUGACAGAGAGGAGGAGGAGGAGGAGGAAUUAAGUGGGAUGAAGGUUAAAGCCCCCUACUACAGUUCUUGGGGGACCCUGGAGUACCAUAACGCCAUGAUUGUGGGGACAGAGGACUUGGAAGAUGGCAGUGCAGGAGUCAGAGUGCUGUACCUCUAUCCAACUCACAAGUCUCUGAAGCCGUGCCCGUUCUUCUUGGAUGACAAAUGCAGAUUUAAAGAGAACUGUCGGUUUUCGCACGGCCAGGUGGUCUCUGUGGAAGAGCUUCAGCCAUUCCAGGAGCCCAACCUGAGCAUGCUGGGGGUGGGCUCGGCCUGCCUGGCGAAACACAGCGAUGGGAUAUGGUACACGGCAAAAAUAACCGACAUCGACAGUGGUUACUACACGGUGAAGUUUGAUUCCCUGCUGCUCAAGGAAGCUGUUGUGGAAGGGGACAGUGUCAUUCCCCCACUGCGAAGCGAAGAUGGUGCCGAAUCUGCCGAGUCUGAUGACGACAGCGUGGAUGAUUCUGGUUAUGCUAAAGUGGUAGAUUCGGGAGUUCCAGAGAAUGGGGAAUGGACUCCAGCGUGCAGCUCCUCUUUCGGUGGCUGGGAAGCCCAUACUCGUGGUAUCGGCUCCAAACUGCUCGUUCAGAUGGGAUACGAGUUUGGAAAAGGGUUAGGGAAGAACGCCGAGGGCCGUGUGGAGCCGGUGCAGGCUGUGGUACUUCCUCGGGGGAAGUCCCUCGACCAGUGUGCUGAGGUGCUUCAGAAGAAGAAACAGGGGAAGUUGGACCCAGGGAAAUCGAGGAAAUGCCGAGCGAAGGGAAACAGCUCUGGACGAUCCCCUGGGGGCAGCCGUAAACCUUCCCACAACGUGUUUGACUUUUUGAAUGAGAAACUGCGAGGGAAGAGUAGUGGGGAGAAGGCUGGAGGGAUGGCACUGCCCGAGAGGAACAGCAAAGAGAUCUAUCACGCUAGCAAGAGCACCAAGAAGGCCCUGAGUGUCCGCCUCUUCCAGACGAUGGAGAAGAUUGAGCAGACGCAGAAGGAUAUCAGAGGAAUCCAGCAGGCCCUGGCACGCAACGUUGGACGGCACAGCGUUGCUACAGCUCAGCUGGAGGAGAAGCUGGCUAAUGCCCACAAACAGCUGGGGCAGCUGCAGGCCCAGGAAGCCAGUCUGCAGCGGGAGCAGAAGAAAGCAGACACGCAUAAGAAGAUGACUGAGUUCUAGUCUCCAGGGAAGGCGUCUGACUGCAGUGAUUGUCCUUUUAGCCAGCCCCUGUGCUCGCGGCCUCAGAGCCUGGGUGAGCCAUCCUGCUCCUCUGGGCCUCAGGCUGCCCAGCCUAAAAACUGGGCUGAAAAGCAGCAGUUUCUAAAACUAGAUGCUUCUGAGCUCAGCUGGGAGGUGGUGGGGGGGGGAGCACACAUCCGUCCAGCCCUGGAAACCUUCCAUAAGCCUGAGCCCUGCGGAAGGACUAGCUACAAGAAAUACGAUUCUCUGCUCUCUUGCGCACUCCUUCCCUCUGUUACGGCUGCGGUGGCAGCUCCAUCCAGAGUCCGUGGCUGCUCGGGGAUGCCACUGCUGGCGACGAACCCGCUGGGGAGGGGCUUUGAGAGCCCCACAUCCUGCCAUCAACUGUGACUUGUGUUUGCAGCCAACCGACGAACGCAAGCAGAGGCAGGGUCCCGAGCACAUUCUGGUGAAGCAGAAAAGGCUUGUGGUGGGUGAAAACAACAGCAAAUUGCUUCAGCUGCUCUCCACCUUCUGUUUUUUUGCUAUGGGAUUUAUCUGAGAAUUCCAUUUUUUGGAGGAGCAGUUCCUUAUAGCCCGAGUGUAAUGAAUAGACAGAAAACUGGCAGCUUGGAGGUGGGUACUAGUGGCCUCCAGCGUCAGAUUUCAUCAGUUUGACUGUAAGAGUAUCCCUAGGACAUGCUAUAGCCCAACUCGUUGACUUGGCAUGGAAAGCUGCGUGGUUCCACAAGUAGAGUGCCAAAGUUGGGGGCCUAAGAGAGCAGAGUAACGGAUUCCCAAACCUCCUAGCUCGGGACGACUCCGCAGGGAACCUUGUCAGUUUUGCCAUCGUUACUUGAGUGUUUCUGUCCUAGGUAGCUCGCUGAACGGGGGUCCUUUUCUUAAAAAUACCUGAGGACCCAGAUGCAGGUGGGCCUGGGCCCCGGCUGAGCACAGAGCUCGGGGCGGGGCGAGCUGGGUGUGCCCCCCGUGCAGCCCUGCUGCGGGAGGGUUCAGGCUGGGGGGGCAGCGGGCCAGGCGGGCAGUGCCCUGCCCUGCAGCCGGGAGGGUCUCUGGGCAGGGAGGAGGAUGCCUUCCCCCCUAGGUUAUAUUCUGUGUCUGGCAGCCAGUCCUUGCCCCAGAGGAGAUGGUGGUUUCAUCAGACUCUGUUUCUGGUGGGACUUGUACAUUGUAAUUGCUUUUUUAAAAGAAAAUUUGUUUGCGAUUUCAUGCCAGUAUCUUAAGGACACAUUUUUCUUUUAAUUUAAGAAGUCGAUUUCCUUUUAUUCUGCGAAUCAUUUUUCUAACUAAAAGUUUUGCUCCUUUAGUACCACCUUUUUUUUUUUUUUAAAUUAUCUUUUCCUAAGAAACUUAUAAAGCGGUCAGCCCGGGCAGGGCUGCACCUCCUUGCAGGGUCAGAAAAUCUGAGGCUGGAGGAGAUACAAUCGGAGUUGUUCGAGUCACGUGGGAUUCAGCAUUGCUGCAGACACACCUCAGAAAACACAGCAACAGCAAAAGUAAACAAGGUGAACGUCUUCAGGAAACCUGUUUGAGUGACUUCUCCUCUUGGAAGGCGCUGGGGUGCCGCUGGGACGGGCACGGUGUGGGUGUGAAGGUGGCGUGGGCUGCCCUGAGCACUUGGGCGUCCCUCUCGAAGUGCAUCGGCCGUGCUGUCUUCAUUGUUCUGGAUUUGUGUUCUCCGUGCGCUCGGCUUCGCUCGAGGGUUUAACAAUGGUUGCUCAGUGCCCUUCCCUCACAAAUGACUGUUUGUUUCCCACACUCAAGUGUUGAGUGGUGAUGAGGAUUAAUGUGCCUAGCUUACCAUGGGUGCUCGCUGAAGUGGCCCGUGAGUGCUGAGCCGAGCUGGGCAGGGAAAUUUCUCACGUUUGCUCUGUGCUCUGACACUAUUUAACACCAUCAUCUCUUUGAGAAUUGGGUGUCUUAACCCCGUGUCUCAGCUGAAUCGUAUUUUGACCUUUCCUUGGGAUUUCCACACCCUCACUUGUCUCCUAUUCAAGCGCCUGCUGCCUCCCACCCAAGACAAUUCACGUCACUGGUGAAUAAAGUUGUUUUGUUGUUUUUUUUUUUCCCCGUCCUCCCCUCUCU